AUGGGCCUCUUCGACUUCUUCAAAUCCUCCAAGGACUCUGCUCCCGCCCUGCAACAACCCACCUGGGACCCUAACACCCUCACCGUGCAGCAGCCCGCUAGCCCCGUGGCCCCAUCUACAGAGCGUGUUGUGACCCAGCAACCGAAUAACCAGGAGGCCAUGAAUAUGCAGCUGCGCGGUGGUCGCGCCGGAGAUGUCUGCUGUGGAGUGUAUGGCGCCCGUUAG